AGUCAUUUGUUUUGCUGUAAAGAAAACUAAAACAACAACAUUAGCCCACUGCUUCUGCUUCUUCUUCCUCUUCCUCUUCGCUCGCCAUCUUUUUGUAUAGUCAACCAUUUUCUUCUCUCUCUCUCCAAUUCCAACCUCCUCCGUAAGAAACGACCUGGAAAAAAAAAUAAAAAAGAGAUGAUCAGUGAUCGGUCGGAGUUCCGAGUUCAGAUUCGGAGAUUAUUUGUGGUUAUGAUCAGAACGUCCUACAGAUGGAUUUGCAAUCAUCCCUUUCUUCUGGGAUUCGUUGGUUUUUUGUGUUUCCUGCAUAGAUAUUGUCCGCUUCUGUUUUCUCCGUUGGUGACUGCAUCUCCUGUUUUGGUUUGUACUUUUGUUUUGCUUGGCACGAUUUUGAGUUUUGGAGAGCCAAACAUUCCUGAGAUCGAAAAAGAAGAACCUGAAACUACUACUACUGUCCACGAGGCUGCUGCUCUUUUUAGAACAGAGGUAUCGAGAGAUGCUGCUAAUGCUAAUGCUACUGUUUUUGAGAGAGGUGAUAAUAGUUUUACGGUGGAGAGUUUUGUGAGCAAGGAGGAAGACGUAGUAGUUGAGGAUGGGAAUGAUGAUGAUACGGAUAGAGUUGGCGAAAGCUUACUCAGUGAGGUUGAGGACGAUGUUCGACCCUUUGAUUACAGGCCUUUGGUUGAUGAGACUCUUGACGAGGUUAAACGGGAUACUCAGGUCAGGUUUGAGGAAAAAGCAUUUAUUUUGAAGUUGGACAAGAGGGGUGAAAGAGUUGAGGAUAGACUGAUUGAAAAUGAUGGGAUGCAUGGUUCGGGUGCAGAACGAUCAAAUGGCGGAUCUUUAGAUGAUUCCAAGGAAGAUCAGUUGGAUGUAUCUCCAGUUUCACCUUGGAGACCAAUGAGACAUGAGGAGGAUGAGGAUGAUGAUGCGGACCGUGAUGACUCGCUGGAUUCUGAGUCUGAUGGUGCUGAAAGCUCUUCACCUGAUGCUUCUAUGACAGACAUCAUCCCGAUGCUUGACGAGCUUCACCCGCUUUUACACUCAGAUGCCCCAGGUCGUGGUAUCGCAGAUGGUGAAGGAUCAGAUGCAUCUUCAGAGGGGCCACACAGGAGUAGUAGUGAUGAAGGGAUGGAGUCUGAUGUUGACAGUGAAAGUCAAGGAGAAGAAGGCGACAACGAGAAUGAUGAUGGGAACGAGGAUGAAGAAGAAGAAGAAGAAGAGGAAGAAGAGGAAGAGAAAAAGAAGGAAGAUAAGGACGAUGAAAGUAAAUCAGCAAUCAAAUGGACAGAGGCUGACCAAAAAAAUGUUAUGGAUCUAGGAAGUCUUGAACUUGAAAGAAACCAACGGUUGGAGAAUCUUAUUGCCAGGAGAAGGGCUCGCCACAACAUGAGACUGAUGGCAGAGCGAAAUCUUAUUGAUUUUGACAGUGCUGAUAUUCCCUUUAAUAUGCCGCCAAUCUCAACUGCAAGGCAGAAUCCAUUUGAUGCUCCAUAUGAUUCCUACGAUGAUAUGGGAUUACCACCUAUCCCUGGAUCUGCCCCGUCCAUCAUGUUUGCGAGGAGAAACCCAUUUGAUCUUCCAUAUGAGCCAAAUGAAGAAAAGCCAGACCUCAAGGGUGACGGUUUCCAGGAAGAGUUUUCUUCUCAACAACCAAAGGAUGCAGUGUUCAGAAGACAUGAAAGUUUCAGUGUGGGCCCAUCGAUGCUUGGAGGUCCCAGGCAUGAUAGGCUACGACCCUUCUUUGUUCUAGAAAGAUUAGCAAAUGAGGGAUCGAGCUAUUAUCCCUUUGAAAGGCAGCUCAGUGAAGUAAGUGAAUCAAAGGUAAGUUCUGUUCCUGAUACUGAAUCUGUGUGCACUGUCCUGGAGGAUGACGAGAAGAAGGUGGAUGAACAUGAUGCUGAUCGAGAAAACGAAAUCCCGAAAGAUAAUAUGGCUUCUGACAAUGAUGAAGAAAAAAGCCAUUCAGUUUCUGACCAUGAUGAAGAAAAAAGCCAUUCAGCUUCUGACCAUGAUGAAGAAAAAAGCCAUUCAGCUUCUGACCAUGAUGAAGAAAAAAGCCACUCGUCUGAAGAUUCCGAUUUCGAUGAACAUGCUGAUAGCAGGAAUCUUCAUCAUGAUGUGGCUGAGAUAAUACUGGGACGUGCAGAAACACACCAAGAUCAAUCAAACAUAAUGGAAGGAGAAACUUCUGAUAAGAGAAAACUUGAUGAAGAGGAGUCCAGUGAUAGUGAUUCAUCUUUAUCAGAGAAAGAAGAAAAGAUACCGGAUAUUAGUGAAGAUGAAGCAAAGUCGAUUUCGGAGCGGAAAGUUGAUCUUCAUGAAGAAUCAGGUGCUUCUUCCAAUCCUUCUUUUGGUGAAUUAGAAAUCCGUGAGGUAAGGGGGGUGGAGGAUGAUUAUCACCAUGAUGAACCUCGUGCUGAAGAAUCUUUCAUUACUGCACAUCCCUCGCUUGAUGAGUCAGCAUUUCAAGCUCUUUGUGGUUUGGUGGACAGCCACCACGAAGAACCUGUUUACGAUUCGAGUCCUCCCUCAGGCAGUAGAUUCCCAUCAUUUUCUUCUGUAUCGUCUGAUUACAAAACAGAACUACCUGAAAAGAAUGGGGAAGAAGUAGAAGAAAAUGAAGAGAGAGAACAUGAAGUUAAUUCUGAAAGCAUAGGUCCUGUGGAAAUUCAUUCAACUUCUGAUGAGGCUGAAACAAGUACAAGGGAAGUAGGAGAGACUAUCACACAUGUUACAGGAGAGGCAAGCCAUUCCAUUGCGGAGGUUGGAAUUGAUGGUCAAAAUAACUCAACUGUUUCAGGGUCUGAAUUUGAGGAUGCCUUACUUGAUCCAUCUUCUCUGCCUUUUAAUAAGAACGAGAAUGCUGAUCACCAGGAGGAUGAUUCUUUAUCUGUGUCUGGUCAAGUUGACCUGGAAGAGCUGCAUGAAGAUGUGAGAGAGGCUGUAGAUACCAGAACACAAGAUGUUAGUGGAUCUUUGGUGGACUUGGUUUCUCCUACAGAAGCGGAAGUAGUAUCUACAGGGAUGGUUGAACAACAUCUCCCAAUUGAGAAUACAUGUUCACCUUUAGGAUCUGGUGAUAUGAGGGAGCAUGUGGGAGCACUGGAAGUAUCACCUGAUGUGGUACAUGACAUAGCUGAAACUUCUGUAAACAGGUCAGUAGCUGAAGAGAUAGUGCACGAGGAAGAGCUAGCCGAGAAACAAAAAGAUGAAGCCAGUCUUCAAACAUUCAAUGCAGACAUCCCAAUAGACAGCUAUGCCACUUUGUCUUCUGGAGCAGUUGAGUAUGUUGAGACACAUUCAUUUAAUGACGAAGAUGUUCUGCAAUCGGAACAGGAACCAGUUCAGUCAUCAGUUCCUGAUACAGAGGAAGAAACUCACCCUGACCAAACAAUGGAUAUCGAAGUAGACUCUGUAAAUGCCAGUGCCAAAAAUGUGGGAUCUGAAGAAACAACUCCAUCUGAGUCAGAUAGAGAACUGACCUGGUCAGAUAAAUCUGUGGUAGAACAAUCAUCUCUUGAACCUGGUGAAGAUGAAGUACCAACUCGUGCAGGUAGUGUUGUCUUUUCCCGCAACAUCACCUUCCAUGAGUAUCACGAUGCUCCUGAAGAUACAGAGGAGUUAUCUUGUUUGACGUCUAAUGCAUCCUCAUCUCCAGCAGAAUCUCCUGAGUACACGACACCUAUGGUUGGUGAAGGCUCAAGGGCAGAGUUCUUCCGAGAUGGUGUUUAUGAGGAGCUUGACUAUGUGGUGGAACGAUUAGAUCAGCUUCCAGACUUGCAUGCAAUACCUCAAAGUCCUCCUGAAGUUAUCACUGAAGAGGCAGACGAGAUCAAAGAGAUUGAUGAAGGAUUAUUAUCUGAACUUGAUACGAUUGGAGACUUUAGUAUUAAGGAAGUUGUGACAGAUUCUGAACCUGGGCCAUCUUCAGUAGGACCAGACACUGCCAACGAAUUGACCGAAGCUCUGCCUAUUCUUGAAGCGAGAUCGGUUGAAGACAUAGAUUCUGCUUUCCAGCAGAUCCAUGAAGGAUCUGAGGUUGAGGAUGUCAUUCUUCCAAGCGCCAUUCAAGAUCAGUUGGCUCAAGAAAAUUAUGGAAAUUCGACAGAGACCAAUUCAAAUUUAGUAGUUGUGGAAGCUACAUCGAAGGAAGACCUAGAUACUGCUAUAAAUCAGUCUGUUGUAGAAAGCAUGGGCGUGCAAAUAAAGUCACCUGAAUCGAAUGGUGGGUCUGGAGAAACCAAGUUUGCAGUUGAAACCGAACCAUCAGAGUCCUUGGUUGAAGAAAGAUCUCUUGAUGAUACAACCGUUCCUUUGAACAACACACCCAAGAAAGAAGAAGAAAAAGAAGAAGAAAGUAGACCAAAAGAGAUAACCACAUCUGAUGUCUUGCCUGUUGAAACUCGAUCCCUGGAGGAAAUUUCCAAGCCUUCUGAACCAAAAGCGGAGAUGUCAAUGGAAGUAAUCUCUGAAGACCUAGAUACUGCUAUAAAUCAGUCUGUUGUAGAAAGCAUGGGCGUGCAAAUAAAGUCACCUGAAUCGAAUGGUGGGUCUGGAGAAACCAAGUUUGCAGUUGAAACCGAACCAUCAGAGUCCUUGGUUGAAGAAAGAUCUCUUGAUGAUACAACCGUUCCUUUGAACAACACACCCAAGAAAGAAGAAGAAAAAGAAGAAGAAAGUAGACCAAAAGAGAUAACCACAUCUGAUGUCUUGCCUGUUGAAACUCGAUCCCUGGAGGAAAUUUCCAAGCCUUCUGAACCAAAAGCGGAGAUGUCAAUGGAAGUAAUCUCUGAAGACCUAGAUACUGCUAUAAAUCAGUCUGUUGUAGAAAGCAUGGGCGUGCAAAUAAAGUCACCUGAAUCGAAUGGUGGGUCUGGAGAAACCAAGUUUGCAGUUGAAACCGAACCAUCAGAGUCCUUGGUUGAAGAAAGAUCUCUUGAUGAUACAACCGUUCCUUUGAACAACACACCCAAGAAAGAAGAAGAAAAAGAAGAAGAAAGUAGACCAAAAGAGAUAACCACAUCUGAUGUCUUGCCUGUUGAAACUCGAUCCCUGGAGGAAAUUUCCAAGCCUUCUGAACCAAAAGCGGAGAUGUCAAUGGAAGUAAUCUCUGAAGACCUAGAUACUGCUAUAAAUCAGUCUGUUGUAGAAAGCAUGGGCGUGCAAAUAAAGUCACCUGAAUCGAAUGGUGGGUCUGGAGAAACCAAGUUUGCAGUUGAAACCGAACCAUCAGAGUCCUUGGUUGAAGAAAGAUCUCUUGAUGAUACAACCGUUCCUUUGAACAACACACCCAAGAAAGAAGAAGAAAAAGAAGAAGAAAGUAGACCAAAAGAGAUAACCACAUCUGAUGUCUUGCCUGUUGAAACUCGAUCCCUGGAGGAAAUUUCCAAGCCUUCUGAACCAAAAGCGGAGAUGUCAAUGGAAGUAAUCUCUGAAAGAGUGGUGAUUCCCACAGAAGCCGCUGGUCCUAGUAAUGUAACACUAAGUGAUGAAGUUGUGACCGAGGAAGCGAAAGGUGAGACUGAGAGCAAAGCAGAUGCGAAUUUACAGGGUCCUGAGUCCAAAGAAACUCCAGCGAAAUUGGAGGAAAACAUUGCAGAGCAAAAAGGAAAGGAGGAGAAGGAGUAAGUCUAAUUCUUCAAGCUCAAGCUCAAGCUCAAGUUCUAGUUCGAGUGACUCAGAUUAAACAAUCGAAGGGUAAUACAUCUCAAACUCAAGUAAAUAUAUCUUUGUGACAUGGUAAUGAUAGGGCACUUCUGGAGUUUUGUGUUUUUCAUUAGACUGUGUGCUCUGUUUUAAAAGGGGCAAGAAGAAAGCCGCUAAUCAUAUUUUUGUGUACCAAGUUUUCUCCUUUGUGUUGGUUUUUUGUUUGUCUGUUUUCCCUUUUUCUCCUCUGUCCAGCUUUCAUAUUUAUUGAUUUGAUUGAUUUGUAUCUCUUGAAACUAUUUUGAAGUUUUUCAGGGUUUUUUGGUUUGUGACUUCAAAAUAUCUUCUCCUCUGAUUGUUGGGGGGUUUGUUCUAAAUUAUUUUUGUAUUGAAACCUGAGACAUGUGAAGUGUACUACCGUUUGGGUUUUUCUAUGAGCAUUGUAAAAUAAAUGGACUCUAUCUGCGAUGGUAAUGCUGUUGACUUGACUAUAUUUUUUUGGUGGUUCCAUA